GGCUGUCAUAAUCGCUGUCAGUCGCAUGCGUUUGCUCGUGGAAACCGGUGAGAUUUGUGUUCUUUUCAUAAAUCGAAAGUUAAGUUACCGAUAUAAAUAUUAGUAUAAAUCAAAGUAAUUUAUUAAAUAAAUAUACGAACAGUUUAUAGAGUGUGGUGUAACACAACAAAUUGUGAUAUAUACUUUGAAGUAAGAGUUUGCGGUAUUUUCAAUUCUUGGAAAGUUGGACUGUCAUCCAGCAGAUUCGGAUGCUUCAAUAGGUCAAAAUGUGUGUACAGACAGCGUGGUGUGGCCUACUGGGCCUGCUCGCUGUGUCGGGCUUGACUUCCGCACAAGGGGCCAGCUACUGCUCAGUCAACACCUUCAGCACGAACACCACGUGGAUGCAGUUCACGAAGGAGCCAGUACCCCUCGAGUACGGCUUCGAAGACAAGUUCAAGAGCAUCCACUGCUGUGUGAAGGGUUACAGGAGUAUUGAAUGGUUUAAAGAUGGUGUGGCGUAUCCCUGGUCAGCGGGGGUGUCCAACCUGAUCCUAUAUCCUGAGGCUGCCAACCAGACGCUGUACGCGCGGCGGGCGGCGCGAGCUGACUCCGGCAACUACACCUGCCGCCUGUCCAACGAGACCCAUACGGAGACACAUACCGUCAAACUUAAUAUUUUAGAAAAACCGCCGGACGCACCGAAGACAAUGUUUAUUUCGAAAGAUCAGUGGGUGGAGGAGGGGGGCGAGUUACGACUGUACUGUGAAGCUCUCAUCGGUCGGUCUUACUUGGCUGACGCCCGCAGCGACCUCCGCUGGAGGAAGGAGGGUCCCAACGGCACUGAGGGAGACUUGUUGCCCACUCAGAUGGAAAUCAAGACCACCCGGGAGGAUGUGGAAGACAUCAUUGGCUCGUACCUGACGGUGGACCGAGUGUCGGCACAGGACUACGGUACCUAUGUGUGUGUUGUGCACAGCAAUGACGUCAUGUCCAAGCAUUACGUCACCGUUCACUACAGAUAUGGUGGUUCAGACGACGGUUCAGGGUCAUCAUGGUGCGGCAGCGGCGCGGUUCCGUGGCGGGCGCUAGCACUGGGCGCGGCGGCGGGCGCUUUAGCUCUGGUUUCGGCGGCUGCCCUACACCGGCGCUGCACGCCGCGUCUACUGCUGGCUGCGAGGCAUGCCCGCGCCAGAGCACAGCCCACCGCGAGGAGGGCACGAGUACUAGAGAAAGAGUUCGACGUGCUGGUGUGCUGGACGGCGGUGGACGGCGAGCUGGUGCGCGGCGCGCUGCUGCCGACGCUCGCGCUCAAGUACAAGUACCGCGUGCACGCCGUGCGCCUCUCCACGCAGCCCGACACUUGGUACAGCGAGCUGGUAGGCGAGGCGGCGCGCUGCCGGUCGCUGGUGGCCGUGCUGUCGCCCGCGCAGUACUCGGCGCAGCAGCUGCUCAUGGCGUUGCGGCAGCUAAGGGCACUGCCACUGCCGCCCGUCGUCGUCUUACUGCAGGACCUGCCAAAGUUAAAGCGCGAAGCUAAAGAAGGCGGCGAGAGCUUAGUAACAACACUCCGCGGUACGCGCCUCGUGGCGUGGCGGCACGUGCACGAGCGCGCCUUCUGGACGGCGCUGCGCCUCGCGCUGCCGCUGCCGCCCGCCGCGCACGAGCUACAAGUACGUACCCGGUAUUGAGACGAAACCAAACCCAACUGAAGCGGAGGACAACAAGUACAGUCGGUCGGGGAGCCUCACCGCGCUCGUGUAGAGCGGCGGGCGGCAGCUACAGUGUGGACAGUGACAGUGACACUCGCGACACUCAGUGACAGACACUACGUCCCCUCCCCUCCCCCCACUCUCCCCGCACACACCCCGCGCUGCCAAUUUAUUCGUACGAAGACUGUGAGUAGUUAUAGCUAUUUGUAAUAUCCAAUAUCACAUUACGGUAAUUAGGUUGUAGGUCCAUUUGAAACCUGUAUACAGUUUUCUAAGAUCUCAGUAUCUUUCUUCGUCUGAUACUAUAACAUCGUUUUCAUUUUUUCCAUUUCUCUUGUGCCAAUGGAAAAGCUAUCAUGACAAUUCGUUUUAAGUUUGCGGUUGUAUUUCACUAUUUAUUUUUAUUUAUCUUAUUUUCUUACUAUUUGUUUGUGUAUUUUCUCUUUCAAGUAUUAUAUCGGAUGGAUUCCGCGUUAGGUUGUAUGUACUGCGCGUCUACUCACUCAGAGACCGCGCGGUGCGAACUUUUAGAUUAGAACAAGAAUUUCUUAAUUUAUCUUUUUUACUGUAGUAAUUUAUGUUGUUUGGAAACAGCGGAGUGUAGAACGAGUUGCGACGAUUCAGGGUUCUGUGAUAAUCGAAGUAUGUUGGAUGUUUUUGUAAAGAGACGGUAGUAUAUAAAAACCAUUUCAAACCAAAACAAUGUUUAAGACUCUAGAACUGGAUGUAAGUUUGGUGUUUUGUACUGCUGACUCUUUCUUAAGUAUUUUUUUUAAUUUUUAUAAUACUGUGUUGUGUCCGUACAGCUAAUUGGCCUCGAUCAGAUUCAUUCUCGACUAAACUAAAACGAAUUAUUCCCUUAACAAGACUUAGAUAUGCUAUCACAAUAUCUGAUCGGGCUGUCAGCUAGCUGAACGGAUACAUGUGUUGUAAGUAAUACUGAUGUAAAUAUUAUUAUAAACAAGAGUAUUUUUACGUAAUGUUUCGUAAUACGAAGAAGCUUAGCAGGUUAAUGUAAACAUUUAGUAUUAUAGUUAAAACAAUACAUUCCGUAAAGAAUAUUAUUACUUAGAUUGUUUUAAGUUCACUUAAACCUAUAGUGAAGGUUCAAAACGAGAUGUUCUUCAAUAAGAAUCUAUUUUCUUAUCUGAAAUGUUGUAUGUAAAUAAAAAAUGCUAUUGAUACGUAAAAA